AUGGCUCAGUCCAUGGACGCCCAUUCGAGCUUCGUUUAUCUUGUCGACAACUUGCCCAAAUGGCGAACCACCUUUGACUCUUUGGCCACGCAUACCGCUGAGAAGCAUGCCGAAUUUGUCGCAGAGUAUGCCCGCCUAGUCAAACAAGCAAGACCCAAGCGCAAAAAGACUCCUUCGAUCAGCUCCCUCCAUACUACCGAUGAGCAGGAUUCGAUCGACAAUUCAGCCAGUGGCGAAGAGAACGUGGACAACUCGUCGUCGAAUGCUCCAAUAGAGAUCAACCCGUUGGAGGCAGGGACUCGAUACCUGUACGCACAGACGCGACGGAAGAGAAAGCCGGGCACUUCGAUUCGUUCCGGCGCCUCGGGACCGCAGAAGUUUAGAAACAGGAGCCACGUCGUCGUCUACUAUGACAGCUACCUGCAGAAACAGUUGGAUGCUAUGGUGAAAGAAGUCGGACUCGGUCGGAACAACUUAAGAAAAGGCAAGAAUGCUCUGGCAGCAGCUACAGGAUUUCAACUUCCUACACUGGCUACACUGUCCGGAAAUAGCGGCUUGGUAUCUUCCACGUUCGAGGAUUUCAGACCUCCAAAUAUGUCCCGGAGCACAUCCGCCCUGCUGUCGGUCAAGAAAUCGGUUGCCCGUUCACCCCAGGCGACUUCCGAUCAAGCGAGCUUUAUCCAAGCUGACAAAGAGCUGGAGCAAAUCCAAUCUCUAUGUGAAACAGCGGCUCACCAGUUCCUCCGCGAUGGUGAUUGCAAGUCUGAGCUUGAUACCAUCCGGGGAAAAGUGGAUGCACUUCUUGUACAGGCCACCAGAACUGCAGAGUCACUCAGAAACCUCCAAGACCAUCACGAAGCUGUCCACGUCGACUCAUCCGCCUCGGAGUCGAAUCACGAUACCGAGUCACGUGGCACGUUGUCUACUCAACCUUCGCUCGACCUUCUGCCACCACCGAAGACUAGCGUCGCGAAGACCCUCCAUCCGCCGGCAAUCAGUCAUCGUCUUGACGGCCUCAAGCCGCAGGGAUUUUUCAGCGCGCCAGCCGUUCCAACACUUGGCAGCCCCCAAGAAUUCGUUAAUGAUACGAUCGAAGUCGACGACUCUAGUGAUCAAGAAUCCAUUGUCGUGGACCUCUCUCAGUAUCGUCUGACCAAUCCACGAAGGGUACGUGCUUGA